GAGGGCGGAGAUGACCGUGGCCGAAACCUUAUUAAAUAUGAGACCCUCGUUUGCCUUCCAUCUUCACUCCCUCAGUGCCUUCAAGAACCCCGUCGGCCUCCGCCGUCGCCCGCUUGGAACUAGCAGACGUUCACGAAGAGAUGGGUGGACAAGAGGUUAAGGCAAUAGUUCCUGAGUCGGUGUUGAAGAAGAGGAAGAGGAACGAGGAAUGGGCAUUGGCCAAGAAACAGGAGAUCGAGGUCGCCAAGAAACAGGCCAGAGAGAAGAGGAAGGUGAUUUACAAGCAAGCUGAGAAAUUCAGCGCAGAGUACGAGGAGCAGGCUAAGGAGCUGGUUCGCCUGAAGCGCGAGGCAAAGUUGAAGGGUGGUUUCUAUGUUGAACCCGAAGCUAAGCUUCUGUUUAUCAUUCGCAUUCGAGGGAUCAACGCGGUGGACCCAAAGACCAGAAAGAUCCUGCAGCUCCUGCGUCUGAGACAGAUCUUUAAUGGCGUCUUCCUCAAGGUGAACAAAGCUACAAUGAACAUGCUUCAUAGGGUUGAACCCUACGUUACCUAUGGCUAUCCCAACUUGAAGAGUGUGAGGGAACUCAUCUACAAGAGGGGAUACGGGAAGCUUAAUCACCAGAGAAUUGCCCUCACUAAUAACUCGAUCAUCGAGGAGGCUUUGGGGAAGUGCGGGAUAUUUUCCAUGGAAGGUCUCAUCCAUGAGAUAAUGACCGUCGGACCUCAUUUCAAGGAGGCAAACAACUUCUUGUGGCCGUUUAAGCUCAAGGCUCCCCUUGGAGGCCUGAAGAAGAAGAGGAAUCACUACGUUGAGGGUGGAGAUGCCGGAAACCGUGAGAACUACAUCAACGAGCUCAUCCGUAGGAUGAACUGAUCAUAUCUUACUCUUUCAUAUUUCGAAAAAACCAUGAUGACGAAAAAAAUGAGGAAGUUAAAUAGUGUUUCAUUUGCAAUUCAUAAACAACCAACAAUUAGAUUCCCACAAUUAAGAAAAAUCACGGUAAGUAUUUGAGUGAAUAAUAUCCUUAAUUUUUUUAUUUGUUGUAAUUUGAUUGGUGUUUUCCUAUUUCACCUUGUGAGUUUUUUUUCUUUUCUCAA